AUGAAAUAUCUUAAAGGAUUAGAGAGUAGAAUGUUCAGAUUUGAUGAAUGUGUCAAGAUAGUUGGUAUGAAGAGAACAAAGGGUUUACGUUUAGAUGUGUGUACAAGAUGGAAUGCAACAUAUGACAUGAUUAACAAUGUUAUGAGAUAUCGUUUUGUGUUGAACCGUUUAGCAGAGGAAGAUGCUAAUUUCAAGCAUUGUUCACCAAAGGAUGAAUGGAAUAGAGUUGAAAGGAUAACUCGGUUUUUGAAACCUUUCAAUGACAUUACAACUCUAUUUUCUAGAACUGAUUAUCCUACCGCAAAUCUAUACUUUCAAGGAAUUGUGGUACUAGCUUGUGCCAUUGUUCUUGAUCCAAGGUAUAAGUUGGAUUAUGUGGACUUUAUUUUGAAGAAAAUAGAGCCAAUUGAGCACAUUGCUGAAAUGAAGGUAGAGAGCAUUGAGACUACAUUGUAUAAGCUUUUUUCAGAAUAUGAAUGCCCCAAGCCUAUGGCCACUACAAAUGUUUCAUCUUGUGUUGGGAGUUCUAGUCAUACUAGCGGUGCUGUGGAUGAUCCUGAUGAUGAUGAAGAUAAGGAAGAUGAUGUAAGUGAAUUGCAUUUUGUUGGUUUUAGCACUAGAAAAGAAAUUCUUACUCCGUAUCGAUCAUGUCUUUUACCUGAGAAUGUGGAAGCUACGUUUUAUAGUAAAAGUUGGCUAUAUAGAUUUGAAGAUGAAAAUGCUGAUGAAAUUGGCCAACUUGAACUUCAAUUUGCAAGUAUGAAUAUUUGCAGUGCUGAAUUUGCUACCAACGUUGAGUAG